UCUCGACUUCGUUCACUGUUCAUUUCGAAGAUGUCUGAUAAUUGCAGGCCAAUACUCUACUUUCCACAGCCAAAUUUUAUUUCAUUGAUACGCCAGUCAGCUGAAUCAGGAGAAUUGAAUGUCAAGGGCCUCGACAAGGACACCGUCUUGCACUUGACAGCGUCUCAUGGCGAAAACCAUAGCUCUGUAAGAGCCCUCUAUUUGACGGUGAAAAGUCAACUCUCACCAGAGCAACGACAGGAAGCUGCCAAAGAAUUGGUAGAGUCUCUACCAAACGCUACCGCACGAAUUGUUGUAUUUGUUGCCGAGACGGAAGACCUCGAUUCUUGUCUUUCCGCUUUCCUUUUUCCGCCCAACACAAACACGCCCACAGAAACUAUCAUCAUGUCACCGCCAACUUCCAAGCUCUUCCAUUCUCGCAGUAUCCUUGAAACCGACAUCCUCAAAGAAUCGUCGGUGGGCAUCAUUGGGUUGGGCAGUGGUGGUUCCCAAGUAGCUGUCGAGUUUGCCAAGGCUGGAGUUGGAAAAUUGGUUCUAGUUGAUUAUGAUCGUCUAGAAUUGAACAACAUAUCUAGACAUGCGUGUGGUUUGAGCGAUAUUGGGCGUCUGAAGACCAAUGCCUUAAAGGAUUUGUUGCUCAACAAGAACCCACAGGCUACUAUCCAGACUUUUGAACUUGACAUCAACGAGACGACUCACAACGACUACCCAGCAAUGAAGGACAGUCUGCGAUUAUGUGACCUCAUCAUUGCUGCUACCGAUACGGUGCAAAGUCGUUACAAUAUCAACACGCUGUCUCUUGAGCUGAGAAUAACCACCAUAUAUGGUAAAUGUAGCACAAGAGCUGCUGGAGGUGAGGUACUCAGGGUCCGGCCAGGUUCAUCUGCAUGUCUUGCAUGCGUCUACGGUACCAUGCAGGUGACGCCCGAUGAAGCAGUCUCGUUUGAACGUCUGAGGAAGGUCACUCCUGCAUAUGUUCCAGACAGUGAUGUUGAGGCCAAAAUUCAAGUAGGCCUAUCAUCUGAUAUCACACCCAUUUCAAACAUGAUUGUAAAGCUGUCUCUAGUAGAGCUUUGCCGUGGUAAACCAAGUGGAAUCUCCAGCCUUGAAAGUGAACUGACUUCUGAGUUCUAUCGAUGGGCCAAUCGAAGAGAGCAGGAAUUCAAGUCCUACCCAGAAGGAGGCUUUGAUAGGUUUGACAAGCCUGCUAUCCUGCGCUGGUACCCAGUCAGCUUUCAACCUGAUCCAAACUGCAUGACUUGCAGCAUAGGCAACAUCCUUGCUGUACAAGGGUCAUCAGAUGACACUACAGCAGAGACUUCUGACAAGGUCUUUUUUGGAACAAACUAGAACUUUCAGUUGUGUGGGCAGACUAAAUUGCAUUAGUUGGACAUGAAAACUAUGUUUGUAUGUUUGUUGGUAUGCUUGUACGUUUGUACGUGUAUGUUUGUUUGCAUUGAUUGUAUUGGAAAUUGUUUGCGAGCAUUCCUGUUCAAAUUUUGAUGCGCACUCGACCAAGGUAGUUGGGCAUGCAUAGAUGUUGGUAACAAAUAGCUUUAGCGUAUAGUGAAUGUCUCAACAAACAAUUCCUGAAUAAGUAAA